AUGGAGAUUUUACGCCAUCAGUUUCUCGACAAAUUACCAGAAAUUGAAAAAGCCAUCAAAGAGUGCGAUGUAAUUGCAAUAGAUACAGAAUUGUCUGGCCUUCAUCGUCCUUUAGCCACCAAAAGGCUUUAUUCUCUUCAAGAACGGUACGAGGAAUAUAAAGAAGCGACUGAACGGUUUCUCAUUAUUCAGUUUGGCCUCUGUACCUUUACCUGGGACUCAGCUGGUCGCUACAUUGCUAAACCCUUCAACUUUUAUAUAUUCCCUACAAGUGCCACAGGUACCGUUCACACUAAUCGACUCUUUAUGACGCAAGCACAGGCAUUUGACUUCUUAGUCAAGCAGUCCUUUGACUUUAACAAGUGGGUCUAUCAGGGUAUUCCUUACCUUACUCGAAAAGAAGAAGAAUUGCAUCGAAAGGAAGCAGCUAGAAGGAUGAAAGAUGAUAUACCUGAUAUUCCUCUUGAUGAUAAAGAGGUUCCAUUUAUGCAGAAUGUCCGAAAAUUGAUAGAUGAAUGGUUAGAAGACAGUCAAAGGGAGGAAGGAGUCAAUAUCGUAGCAAGAAACGCGUACCAGCGAAGACUUGUUUAUCAAGAGGUCAGAAAUAAGUAUGAAGGCUUAACUGCCAUAGGCAUGCAAGGAUUUAUUCGCGUCACCAAACUUACCAAGGAACAACAAGAGACACGUAUGAAAGAAAGACUGGAAAAGAUUGAAAAAGAUUGCACGUUUGCUGUAGGAUUCAGAAAAGUUAUUGAUAUGAUUUCAGAGUCGGGAAAGAUGAUUGUAGGCCACAACAUGCUAUUGGACGUGUCGCACAUGAUAGGGCAGUUUGUUCAACCUUUGCCUGAGAAGCUUGAAGAAUUCAAAACGUUGGCUCACAAAAUGUUUCCAAAUAUGAUUGAUACCAAAUACAUGUGCGCAGUUGAACCUGAAUUAUUUAAAAUAUUUGGUACUACAACCGCGUUGGAACAGCUGCGGUUUGAAACCAGUAGAGAAGCCUUCACCAACCCUCGUAUUGAUAUACAUCCUCUAUUUCCUCGCUACCUGGCCGAAAAGGCUCAUGAAGCUGGCUAUGACGCUUUCAUGACCGGUUCAGCCUUCCUUAAGCUUGCAUCUUACCUAGAGCAAUUGCGGUAUCCACUCGACAAGGUAGCUGAAGAACCACAGAUAGAAAGGCAUACAAAAAUAGACAGAUUAGCAGAUGAUGAACAGGAUAACUGGUAUGAAGACGGCGAAGAUGAAGAGAUCUACAACUACGGGUCCACACGGGUCAACUUGUUCCUCGAUGCCCAUACUGUCCAUCCAGCGUUAAAGAACAGCCUUAAUAAAAGCGUUCUAGUCAGAUCUGCAUUCGAUUGCUUUGACUUUGUCAAUGACGAAAUAGUGACUAAUCAAACGACUGCAUUCCAUGUUCAAUCUGUAAGCGGUCAUUUAGACAUGGACAAGGCAAAAGAAGUGUUUAGUAAGGCUGGUAAACAUGUAUUGGAGCGGUAUGACAGUAGUGCCUGUUUCCUUGUUUUUGAACAAAUGCCACAGCGCUUUGACCUAGAACAAUACAAAGACGAAUUUAUCAUUACUCCAAUUGCUCAAUAUUAUGAAAAUAUGAAUACACCACCUAGUAAAUAA